AUGCUACGAGAUUCUAGCGGCACGCGGACUAAUUUUGGCGCCACGUGCAUGAAAGAUUUGGCUACAGUGCGCGCGGAUUCUUGCUUCCCACCGCCACCCCGAUUUGAGCACACGGAACUCGCUGUACCCCCGUACACACCAUGGGAUCACCCAAACACCAAGUGGAUCUUAAACACAUUUCGCAGCGGCGCGAAUGCUCGCUUGGCUGCGAUGAGCAAAGAACACCCAAAUAUGUUUGACUACGUAUUCCAGAUUCCUGACACACCCGAGAAAGUGACUUGGAACAGCGGUGACUACGAGCCGAUGUAUAAGCGGUCGACUGUGCUCUACCUCCGGCCCCUCUCAUUGGCUGUUUACAUGAGGAAGUUGGAUGUCAUCACACUGCUAAUUGAGAACUACCUCGUGGAUAAUUCCGAAGUCAGCUUUGCGACUGACACUGCCAAUCGCGCUGGAGCCAGUGGCGCGAAGAAGAUACGCGAGAUUCGUCCGGUAACCAUAGCAAUCAGACGCAACAUUCUAGAUUCCCUGCCUAUCAUAUUCAACGCGAGAUCAGGAGCACUCAAGGCAUCAGAUCCUUUUACGCUGCGAUACGCAAACAAGUGGAUGGAAAAGUGCAACAAAUUUAAGGAUGCCUUCGACUACGCAAUCAGCGUCGUGCGGAAGGGUCGAAUCCUUCCGAUCGCCCGCCUCUUUGACGUGCUGGUGUUCCACUGUCCCGGCUACUGCACAGCCAAUUCGGCUCAACGGAUGUGCACGAACCACGGAGGUGUGCGGUGCUCGCUCUUUCAGCGUCUGGCGAGGUACCUGAUCUCGGAGGGUGGGGGAAAUCGUCUCACGUUGCCACUCAUCCAGUCAAUGGAGCAACUCAUUAUCCACAGGGGCUUCUACAAGCCUACUAAAAAUGUCAACUGCACAUGGUUCGGUUGUUACUGUUUUGCUAACGUUGCGACAAAGUGGGACGCAAUGCCAACUGCACUCCAAGACUGCUUGGUUACUCUCGCCUUGAUGAUAAAACUACACGAAAUCUUCCUAGAGAAGGCGAAAACGUCAGUUAUCCCCCAAACCACGGGUCUAAUUUCAAAGAUGGCACUCAGCAUCGGGUGUCGGAAUGACCUUUUAAUCAGCCCAGCGGUAGAAAUACAAAAAUCGAUUAAAUUCCUCCUGGAAGUGGGCUUCAUGUGUUGCGAUGUCUGCGGUAUCGAAGGCGGAGACUCCAAGCAGGUCGAGCGAAGGUCAUCAAGCUCCAAGGCUGCUGAAAUGAUGGCCCCACCAUCUAGACGUGCCCUGGAAUUCCUCUUAUCUGGUAUGGAGACCUACGCACAAGACGCCGGCCUCAAACGCAGGCCUGGCUUCACCGAGAUCACCGUUGGCAAAUACAACACCUGUGUACCCGAGCCUGAGAGCGACCAAUGCUUAUUGUGCUUGAAAGAGGCCGAGGAAAAGUUCCCCUUAGCGGAUCCACUGCCUGUUGGACUACAGAGGGACAACAUGAUCGGAUCGGACUCACCACUGCUGACAACCAGUGAAGCGGUGCGAAGUUCUGAGAGUUCAAGCUCUAACGCCUUGCCAGCGGUCAACCAUCUGCCAGACCGGAGUUCGCUAUUGGACGCGAAAGGGACCACAGUCGACUUUAACACGCCUAAUCCCACCAUGUACACGAAGGAGUCCCUUAUUGAACAGAGCGAUAACCCCGAGCUAAUCAACCAAGAGAUAAUAUCUUCACCCAGAGUCCUGGAAGAGGCGACAUUCUGUGGCAAAACCGAGGAAUCGAUAGUCUCGCCAAUGUCAGAGGAGGAGCAAAGGGCAACAUCUAUGAUCCAGUCCGAUUAUCAACAAGGAGAACAAUGCCCCGACGCCAAUUCCACCAACACACUACCCUCGGGGGUAGUGGAGAUCCUAAUGAUGAAUCCCGUCGACAACGAUACCGAGGUCGAUCAGGAGGCCAAUUCAGCGACCAAUCGACUGAAGCGCUUCCUCGAGGAAUCAGAACUAGACGAGUGCUCCAGGAACGAGCAGCCGACCCCCACGUUUCUUGACCCGACAGUCAGUGUACACCUCCAUGACUCGGAAGCCGUCAAUGGAACUUCCACCACCGAAAUCCCUCCCGGCGCCAUGUUCUUCCCCGACGCCACUCCAGGACCCUGUAGUCUGCUGGAGGUAGACCAGUUGAUUCAAAGAAUCGCCAGCAGCGACACGAUCACCAAGGAAAUGGUGCUUUCGGAGACCGACAGCGGUCUGAUCGACGACAUGCUGCAGGAGUGUCUGAAUAAAACUAAACAGGAGCCGCCCGCAAACAACGAAGACUUGGAGAAUAUUGAGGUUUUCGUGGGACAGGAGGAAAGUCAAGUAGACAAGUUUGCCGGAGACAUGGGACAACAACAAUAA